GGAGGAGGGUACCCGCCGUGCAGCGCCGCUGGCAUCUGCAGCCGCGCGACCCGCCUCCCGCACCCGUUCCCCCGCAUCCGUCCCUCUAUCCAUCGGUCGGUUCUGCGGAGCCGGCCGGAAGCCUCGGGCUCUGGGCACUGCAUGGGAGGCUACACCAGACCGAUGACUGCGGCGGCGGCGGCGGCCCUGUCCGGGCUGGCGGUGCGGCUGUCGCGCUCCGCCGCGACCCGCGGCUCGUACGGCGCCUUCUGCAAGGGGCUCACGCGCACGCUGCUCACCUUCUUCGACCUGGCCUGGCGGCUGCGCAUGAACUUCCCCUACUUCUACGUCGUGGCCUCCGUGAUUCUCAACGUCCGCCUGCAGGUACACAUUUAGAGCAACUAACUUUGUGGCAUUGCAGGGGGCAGGGAGCCCAGCAGGAUGGCCGACCUCCACCCACCAACUCACCCGCCCUAGAGCGAAGUGACCAGCUCGCCUCGUGCACAGAUUUGCCGGUCUGUCCUUCUAUGGCCCCAUCUUUUAAUAUAAAUGGGCGGCUAGAAACCAUUAUUUGCGGAAAGCCUGCAAUAUAACCCCAGAAGCCUAAGAUAUAAGGAAAAGCUGAAUCCCAAGGAAAUAUUAAAAAUCUGAAAAUCCUCAGAAAUAAUUGAGAAGUUCUUGCAUCCAUAAAACAAGACAGCACGAACGCUGGGAAAUGACAAUGGGCACAAGCUGCCCUGAUGGGGGAAAAAAAAGGAAAAGUUACUAACAACUUUAAUAAAGAUAAACUGUGCAAGAAUGGUCCAAAUAGAAAGCAAAUCUUCCAAAUUAGAAAAAGAAGUGAAUAGACUUCCAACUGAAUUGAAUAAAUUCUAAGAAACAGAUGGAUGGAGUCAGAAGCUGGAAGAAAUUAAUCACAUGAUCUGGAAGGCCUGGAUUUCUUCACCCCAAAAGAAAAAAAACUAUAGCAAACGGAAACUACAGGGAAAAACAAACAUUUCAAACUGUACAAGAAAAGUAGGCUUCAAAUACGAAGCAUCCUCGGAUGUGGCCUGUUGUUGAACUGUUGCCAGGAGCCAGAGGAAGGGAAUCCGCUUGAACCUGAGCACGUGAAUCAAGACUGCAGUCACAGAUAAGAAAAUGCCAUCACAGCAUUCAGUUUUGCUUUUCGGUGAACGAUGUUUAAAUAAUCAUUACAAUGGAAAUAUUAAUUGUGAUUUUUCGUUUUUAGAGUAAAUCUCUAGGCAAAGCAGGGAGGAAGACAAUUACAGUUAUAGCACAGAAUGGGAAUGUUAACCAGCUUUGAAAAGAACAGGCAACAAGUUCUUGGCAGUCAGAGGGGAGGAGAUGGAAUAGCGGUGUGAUUCUCAUAUGGUAUGGGGCCCAGAUACUGUCUCUAGUUGAAAGAAUAAGACAAGCUUAGGGGUUAUAUUUUUAAAGUUAACAAAGUAACCAACAGAAGAGUUAAAACUAGUGAUACAACCAUACGGAGGGGGAGGAGAGCUGAGGGGAUGCAGAAAAUGUGUCAAGUUAAGAAACAGUAAUAAAAGCAUAUUAUUAGGGGAAGUGGAGUUAACCUCUAAACAGACAUGUGUAAAAGUUUUUGCCUCUAGGUGGGGGAAGCAAAAGUUGAGAAGGGUGGCAGGGAGUUGCUGCUUUUCAUUAUAUGUCCUUUUGUACUGGUUGAUUUUUUUAAUUCUUUAUAUGCAUGUAUUACUUUGAUAAAAAUUAAAACUGGACACACUGGUUUGGGAAAUA